UCUUUACGCUCUUUCUUCGUUUUCUAGAUAGGAACCGGGUGACCGGCAGCCACAGGAACCAUCCUGCUCCGUUUCUUUAUCUGUAAAGGAAGUCAAAAUCAUACCGUCCUAAAGAAACCCACCUUCCUCUCCUAUAAGCCGGCGACAUUAUAAUCAAAUAUCUCUAUUUACUUUCCCAAAUUUCAAGGGUUUCUUUAAUUCACAUCUCUUAAUUCUUUCACCUUCACUGUCAUCGUCUUCUUCGAUUCUUUUCCGGCUCAGGUGGGUUUUCUUUUGAAUCAAAGGGUUUUCAAAAAGGAGAAAUCUUUGAGGGAUUCCGAGACGGAUUCGAGAAUGGCGUCGUCGAGCUCAGGAGUUAAUGGAUCUACUGAUUCAACUACUGCAAGAAGACAGACCAAGCGACCCAAGUAUUCAAAGUUUACACAGCAAGAGCUUCCAGCAUGCAAGCCAAUUCUUACGCCAAAAGCGGUGAUUUCAGCAUUCUUGCUUGUCAGUGUUGUCUUCAUCCCUAUUGGAGUUGCUUCCCUAUUUGCUUCACGAGAUGUUGUUGAAAUUGUUGAUAGGUAUGAGUCUGAAUGCGUGCCAAGUAAUUAUACUGACAAGGUAGCUUUCAUCCAGAGCUCUGCUGAUAAAACAUGCAACCGGACUCUACAAGUGAAAAAACGUAUGAAGUCACCUAUUUAUGUUUACUAUCAGCUGGACAACUUCUACCAGAAUCAUCGACGGUAUGUUAAAAGCCGAAGUGAUGAGCAGUUAAGAGAUUCUAAAAAACAGAGCUCUACAAGUGAUUGUAAGCCUGAAGAUAUGUUUAAUGGAUCGGCAAUUGUGCCUUGUGGUCUCAUAGCUUGGAGUUUAUUCAACGACACGUAUAGUUUCUCCUUGAACAACAGGAAUUUGACUGUGAAUAAGAAAGGCAUCUCUUGGAAGAGUGACAGAGAGCACAAAUUUGGAAAAGAUGUUUUCCCCAAAAACUUCCCCAAUAACAUCAAGAAUAGUACUGCACUUGUAGGUGGUGCAAGUCUUGAUGAAACUAUACCAUUAAGUGAGCAGGAAGAUCUUAUUGUGUGGAUGCGGACUGCUGCAUUGCCAACUUUUAGGAAGUUGUAUGGAAAGAUAGAGACAGAUCUGAAUGUUGGUGAUUCCAUUCAAGUGAUACUGGAAAACAACUACAACACAUACAGCUUUAAUGGCAAAAAGAAGCUUGUGCUGUCAACUACUAGCUGGCUUGGUGGAAAGAAUGACUUCCUCGGUAUUGCUUAUCUCACUGUUGGAGGAUUGUGCUUCUUCUUGGCUUUGUCUUUCACCAUUGUAUAUUUUAUCAAGCCAAGGCAACUUGGAGAUCCUUCAUAUUUAUCUUGGAAUAGAAAUCCAGGAGGGCACUAAAGCCAAGAGAAACUGUACUUGGUUGAACAGGCUCCAAGGCGCUAGUGUAUUUUUACCGUGGCUGGUGUAAUUUUGUAUAUCUAUGUUACUGUGUACUAGUCGCUCUUAAGAAAUUAUAUUGUAUUUUUCCCCCCUUCUUGCAUUGUAUUUCCCCCCCGUUUCUUGGAUGAUAAAAAAAACUUGUACGUAGAAAAUAGAAUUCGAUGUGUUAUACUUACAGUCGCUUCUCGUACAACUUGGGAAAACAUGUUCUUGGAUGAUUCGCCACUUCUGCCA